AUGAGCGGAAGCGCCGCCGCCGCGGUCGCCGCCACCUCAGCAGCCGCGGCCGCCGCGCACUUCCAGCCUCCGUCGUCGUCUCCCAGGCCGGGCCCCGCGGAGCUCGGGCCCCCGCGGGGCCGCCCGCGCCCCCCGCCGCCGCCGCCGCCGCCGCCGCCCCGGCCCGAGCCCGCCGCCGCCGGCCGCCUCAGCCCUCCGGGCCACGGGCCUCCGCGGGCGGGCGCCCCGGGUGGCGGCGCCUGCGGCCGAGCGCUGGGAGCAGGUAGUGUUGGUGCUUCUUUUCAGUGCCAGUCCAUCCAUCACGAACACAUUUGUCAUGAUGACAGUGACAAGAUAUCUCCCGGGGCCAAUUCAGCACCUCUACCUGGCCAUCCUAACAAGGUGAUUUGUGAAAGGGUGAGACUUCAGAGCCUGUUCCCUCUUCUCCCAAGUGAUCAGAACACUACCGUUCAAGAGGAUGCUCACUUCAAAGCUUUCUUCCAGAGUGAAGAUAGUCCAAGUCCCAAGAGACAGCGCCUCUCUCAUUCAGUCUUUGAUUAUACAUCAGCAUCACCAGCUCCCUCACCACCAAUGCGACCAUGGGAGAUGACAUCAAAUAGGCAGCCCCCUUCAGUUCGACCAAGUCAACAUCACUUCUCAGGGGAACGAUGCAACACACCUGCACGCAACAGAAGAAGUCCUCCUGUCAGACGCCAGAGAGGAAGAAGGGAUCGACUGUCUCGACAUAAUUCCAUUAGUCAAGAUGAAAAUUAUCACCAUCUCCCGUAUGCACAGCAGCAAGCAAUAGAGGAACCUCGAGCCUUCCACCCUCCGAAUGUAUCCCCCCGUCUGUUACACCCUGCUGCUCAUCCACCCCAGCAGAAUGCAGUAAUGGUUGACAUACAUGAUCAGCUCCAUCAGGGCACCGUCCCUGUGUCUUAUACAGUAACAACAGUGGCACCUCAUGGGAUUCCACUCUGCACAGGCCAGCACAUCCCUGCAUGCAGUACACAACAGGUCCCAGGAUGCUCUGUGGUUUUCAGUGGACAGCACCUCCCUGUCUGUAGUGUGCCUCCUCCAAUGCUGCAAGCCUGUUCAGUUCAGCACUUACCAGUACCAUAUGCUGCAUUCCCACCCCUUAUUUCUAGUGAUCCAUUUCUUUUACAUCCUCCUCACCUUUCUCCUCAUCAUCAUCCUCAUUUGCCACCACCAGGCCAGUUUGUCCCUUUCCAAACACAGCAAUCACGAUCGCCUCUGCAAAGGAUAGAAAAUGAAGUGGAACUCUUAGGAGAACAUCUUCCCGUAGGAGGUUUUACUUAUCCUUCCUCGGCCCAUCCCCCAACAUUACCUCCAUCAGCUCCUUUGCAAUUCUUAACACAUGAUCCUUUGCAUCAAGAGGUGUCCUUUGGAGUACCUUAUCCUCCAUUUAUGCCUCGGAGGCUCACAGGACGAAGUAGAUACCGAUCCCAGCAACCAAUACCACCUCCCCCUUAUCAUCCCAGCUUACUACCAUAUGUGUUAUCAAUGCUUCCAGUGCCACCUGCAGUAGGCCCAACUUUCAGCUUUGAAUUGGAUGUGGAAGAUGGAGAAGUAGAAAAUUAUGAGGCCCUUUUAAACCUGGCAGAGCGACUAGGAGAAGCUAAGCCACGAGGAUUGACUAAAGCAGAUAUUGAACAACUUCCUUCCUAUCGGUUCAAUCCUAACAACCACCAGUCAGAACAGACUUUGUGUGUAGUAUGCAUGUGUGAUUUUGAGUCAAGGCAGCUACUUAGAGUUUUACCCUGUAACCACGAGUUCCAUGCCAAGUGUGUCGACAAAUGGCUUAAGGCAAAUCGUACUUGCCCAAUUUGUCGAGCUGAUGCUUCAGAAGUACAUCGGGAUUCAGAAUGA